CAACUGACGGGAGGAAUAAAUAGCAGCACGCCGGAUUGGAUUUGAGAAUUUUUCGGUUUUUUUCCCCAUCCACACCACAAGCAGACCCAGGGACUAAAGGUUCGUCGGUCGACAUGUUGGAGGAGCUGCUCAUCUUCACGCGCGGCGGCCUCAUCCUCUGGUCGUCGUGCCGCGCGCUCGGCGGCGCCGCCCUCAAGGGCUCGCCCAUCGACGCCCUCAUCCGGUCCUGCCUCCUCGAGGAGCGCUCCGCCGACGCCAGCUUCUCCCAGGACACCUAUGCGCUUAAGUGGACCUUCAACAACGAUCUCGGCCUCGUCUUCGUCGCCGUCUACCAGCGCAUGCUCCACCUCCUCUACGUCGAUGACCUCCUCGCCGCCGUUCGCAAGGAGUUCUCUCAGAUUUAUGAUCCCAAGCGCACAUCGUAUGAUGAUGCCUUCAACGAGAUUUUCCGCCAGCUCCACCUCGAGGCUGAAGCACGCUCCGAGGAGAUGAAGAAGAAUAAACAGCUCACUGGAUCCCGCCCCACCAAGGUUUCCACCAACAAGACCACUCCAGGUCGUGGUGCCUCUCAGGGCACUGGUGGUGCUAUGAAGAACAGUGAUUCGGAGAAGGGUGACUCUGAUGGCGACUCCGGGAAGGAGCACCCAAAUGAUAACUUUAAGUGGCAAGAGAAUGGCCUCAAGGACAAUUCUCAUGCCCGUGCUGUUGUUGUCAAAGGGAAGGAGAACGGAGACCCCAACGAUGGGGCCUUUGAUGUAAAGAAGUUACUGAAGUUGAGAAAAAACAAGGGUGGGAAGAAGAAUGAGGCUGCUGGUAAUGUGGCCAGGAACACAAACAAAGCUGAACCAAAGAAGACUGUCAAGAAAAAUAGGGUUUGGGAUGAUGGAUCUUCCAACAAGAAGCUGGAUUACACAGACCCAGCUGAUAAGAGAGGGGACGAGGUGAUAGACCAGGUGGUUGUCCGCCAGGGAGCAAGCAUGAUGGAUAAAGAUGACGUUGUAAGCAGUGAUGAUGAAGAAGAGGAAGAGGAAGAUGGAGAGGAAAAUUCUGGAGAUGUCCAAAAGAAGAAAGGAUGGUUCUCAUCGAUGUUCAAGAGCAUUGCAGGUAACAGUGUUCUUGAGAAGUCUGACCUUCAACCUGCACUCAAAGCGCUUAAAGAUAGGCUGAUGACUAAGAAUGUGGCUGAAGAAAUUGCAGAAAAGCUUUGUGAAUCAGUAGCAGCUAGCCUUGAGGGAAAAAAGCUGGGAUCUUUCACAAGGAUAUCCUCUACUGUUCAGACAGCUAUGGAGGAGGCACUUCUUCGCAUCUUAACCCCAAGGCGGUCUAUUGAUAUACUAAGGGAUGUACAUGCUGCCAAGGAGCGUGGGAAGCCAUAUGUUAUUGUUUUUGUUGGUGUGAAUGGAGUUGGCAAAUCCACCAAUCUUGCAAAGGUUGCUUACUGGCUUCUUCAGCAUAACCUUAGUGUGAUGCUGGCAGCAUGUGAUACAUUUAGAUCUGGUGCUGUUGAGCAGCUGCGCACUCAUUCCCGUAGGCUUCAGAUACCUAUAUUUGAGAAGGGAUAUGAGAAAGAUCCAGCGGUGGUUGCAAAGGAGGCUAUUCAGGAGGCCUCUCGUAAUAAGUCAGAUGUUGUUCUUGUUGACACUGCUGGGCGUAUGCAGGAUAAUGAGCCACUCAUGAGAGCACUCUCCAAGCUCAUCAAUCUCAAUACCCCAGAUCUAGUUUUAUUUGUUGGGGAAGCAUUGGUUGGUAAUGACGCUGUUGAUCAACUCACUAAAUUUAACCAGAAAUUAGCAGACCUUUCCGCUGUCCCUACUGCCAGAUUGAUAGAUGGCAUCCUGCUCACCAAGUUUGACACCAUCGACGACAAGGUCGGAGCUGCACUUUCCAUGGUUUACAUAUCUGGAGCUCCAGUCAUGUUCGUUGGCUGCGGUCAGUCUUACACUGACCUCAAGAAGCUCAAUGUCAAAUCCAUCGUUAAAACUCUGCUGAAAUGAAUGCAGUGCGUCUUUUGUGCAUUGUGCUGCACCUCGGAUACUUCUGCCUUUAAGUAUUGCUAUCUUCAAAUCCCCCAUGACCUCGUCAACAAGUUGGAUGUGUUUCUACCCCGUUUAACCGUUGUAGUAAUACAAACUGCUGUGCUUUUUUCACUUGUGUGACUGCUUUGUACCACAUGUUUACCAUGGGAUAUAUAUAUAUAACAUGGUUCUAGUAUGUUCUUUGGUUCAACGUUAAAUGAUCGGCUGAUCAAUGCUAAAGAACGAGUUUCCUUGGAGCACUAAAGUUGCACAAAACCAUGGGAUGGUAGACCACAGUUAUCAUUAUAAUGGUGUUUCAAAAAAUCACACAUUUGAAUCGACUUAAAUUUGACAUGUACAUCUGUAAGUGAGUGUUCUGUACUUGACCCUAACUGUCUAUGAA